AUGGUCAAACGUUUGUCUUAUCUGGGUCCCGCAGGAACCUACAGUGAAGCAGCAGCGGUGCUUUACGAUUCUGGAGCUGAAUUGGUACCUUUCCCCACUAUCCCCGCUGUGUGUCGGGCCGUCUCGGAUGGGAUUGUCGACGAGUGUAUUGUGCCCAUUGAGAAUAGUAUAGAAGGUUCCGUCGUAUACACACUGGACUUCUUAAUCAGCGAAACCGAUCUUUCCAUCUUUCACGAGGUAGUCCUACCCAUCCAGCAUUGUCUUAUGGUCAGGCCAGGCUCAGGCACAGAGGACUUUAAGGUCGUAUUUUCCCAUCCUCAGUCCCUGGCUCAAUGCCGGCGAUACCUGGAAGAACAAUUCCCGAGCGCAGAACCCGUGGCUUCCUUGAGCAAUUCGGCAGCCGUUACUGACAUGCUGGAAAGUAAGGUCACGGCUGCAGCCAUUGCCCCCCAACGAGCAGCGGAACUUUACGGCGCCGAAGUAAUCCGGAGCGGCAUUCAAGACGUGACCAAUAACGUCACUAGAUUCGUCUUGCUGGGGUGUAAAGACCACUCACCUACCGGAAACGACAAGACGUCAUUUUGCUUCACCUUCACAAAAGAUGCACCGGGCUCCCUUUACAACGCCUUGGGGGUCUUUGCCAGCCGAAACAUUAACCUGGCAAAAAUUGAGUCUCGGCCAACCAAAGAAUCUCUUGGCCAGUAUAACUUUCUGGUGGACUGUGAAGGACACCGGGAGAACGAGUUGGUAAGAGAGGCUCUGGAGGCGCUUUCAGCCCAAGUCAGCGGGCUGAAAGUAUUCGGUUCCUACCCCUGUUGGAACCCUGGAACCUGA